AUGGGACCAGCCAAUAAAUCUCAGACAUCUCCAAACACCUUCUUGCUGAUGGGUAUCCCCGGACUAGAGCACCUGCAUGUCUGGAUUGGGAUUCCCUUCUGCUCCAUGUACGUGGUGGCCCUGGUGGGGAACGUGACCAUUCUGGCCGUGGUGAGGGCAGAGCGAAGCCUGCACGAGCCUAUGUUCCUCUUUCUGUGCAUGCUCUCAGUCACCGACCUGGUCCUCUCCGCAUCUACACUGCCCCGCAUGCUCUGUCUCUUCUGGCUCGGAGCCCAUGACAUUGCCUUUGAUGCCUGCCUGACCCAAAUGUUCUUCAUCCAUAGUUUUACUGCUAUGGAAUCAGGAUUCUUUUUGGCCAUGGCCAUUGACCGUUUUGUGGCCAUUUGUCAUCCACUGCGCCAUACUACCAUUUUCACCCAUGCUCGCAUUGCAAAAAUGGGAGCUUCCGUGAUACUCCGAGGGGUGGCCUUCUUUUCUCCACAUCCCAUCCUGCUCAAGCACCUGCCCUACUGCAGGAAACAGAUCAUUGCCCACACCUAUUGUGAGUUAAUGGCUGUGGUGAAGCUGGCAUGUGUGGACACGGGGUCCACCAAGCGUUACAGCCUCAGUGUGGCCUCUGUCAUCGGUUCCUGUGAUGGCUUUUUAAUCACUGUCUCUUAUGUCCUAAUCCUCCGUGCAGUCUUUCGUCUUCCAUCACGGGAAGCAAGUCUUAAAGCUCUAGGCACAUGUGGCUCCCAUGUCUGUGUCAUCCUCGUUUUCUACACCACAGCUGUCUUUACCUUUCUCACUCACUGCUUUGGCCACAGUGUGGUCCCCCAAAUUCAUAUCUUCAUUGCCAAUAUGUACCUUCUGGUACCACUUUUUCUUAACCCCAUUGUUUAUGGUAUAAGGACCAAGAAAAUUCGAGACCAUGUCCUUAGUUCUCUAAGGGUAAGGAUUGCUUGA